AUGGACACAUUAAAAUUUUCACUAUUAUUUGUGUUACUCCUCUCGCCCCAAGUUUUCGCCAACUCAAAUAUACUUGGGGAACUAACCACCACCGACUCAGCUUUCGGCAUAACUUCUUCAUCCAUAACUUCAGUCCUCGUGGAAUGGAUAGCCAGAAUAGUGGACACCAGCGAAGCCUCGCUGAGUUUCUUGUCCUUCCUGUUCCCUCAGCAGAGCCACGCUGAGACGGAAGAGGUGGUGCACGAAGAGCACGCGAUAAGACCUUCUGAAAUGCCGCCUUUGGUGCGCGAUGAAAGGCCGAUGGUUAGGGAAACUAAACAGGAAAAUUAUCCGAAACCCGCCGAAGAGAGCCCGUUCGCCGAUCAGGUGAGGAGUCUGGAUAUGCUGAUAAGAGCCCAGAAGAGGAACAUGGGGAAUUAG